CAGCGCUGGAGACGGUGUCCAUCACUUUCAGUGCUUAUGGUGCUGCUCCUCGGCACGUGCCCUGCCUCCUCGCUCCAUUUUUAUCCUCCGCUCUCCCCUGGGUCCCAGGCGGCAUCAGCCUCGCUCCCUCCCCUUGCCAUUUUUCCUUGCGCCUCUUGACACGGCGGCUGCAGCUCGCCUUUUGGCUCUCUCUGCCGAAGCUUUCGCAUCUCCCCCUGCUUCUCCGGGAGCAGCAGCCUCUGCGGCUCUUGGUGGUCGGUCGGGCAGGAAAGAUGCCUUCGCCUUGAGGCGCUGCCGGUCUCCCCCCCAACACACCCCGUCCUGGUCCUUCUCCUUCGGCCUCAGCAACUCUUCGAAGAGGAAGGAAACAGGGUUGAACCCCGCCGGCGGGGCAGGGGAGCGGGUGAUGCUCUUCCCCAGCCCUCCGGAGGACGCCUGAGCGCCGCGUUGCCAUCGCGACGGACCCGCCGCUCCCUAGAUAAGGCGGCGGCAGCAUCGGCGGCAGCCCCAGCCCGGAACGGUCCCGCUCCAGCGCCGGAUCGUACCCUCCCCAUCGCCCCGCACCCCUUCCCUCAAAGGGGGAGAAAAGCCCAUUUCAAUGAUGUCAACAGAAUGUGUUCAGCCACUUGAUAUCCCAGAAGACAGACUGGACAAGCGAGAUUCACACUGUAACCAUUUAGAGGAUCUUUCAGAGCAGCUGAUUAAGAGCUGUGACCUCAAAAAGAAACCAAGAAAGGCUAAAACCAUACAGGCUUCUCAAAACACUGAGCAGGACCAAAAAAAGCCAAGGAGAAAAGAUACGCCGGCUUUACACACCCCACCACCCCUGACAGGCAUACUUUCAGACUUUUCUGAUAAUCUGCUGAAAAGAUACGGUAUCACAGAGAAGCCACAGAGAGAGAGAGUGAGUCCAGGCUCUCAGAUCACUGAACUGGAGCAGAAAAAGCCCAGGAGAAAAGAUACGCCUGCAAUACAUAUCCCACCCUUGAUAAUAGGCACUAAGCUGCUUACAGAAGAAAAGCAAACAGUGAUUAUGGAAGAUGAAGAAAAGGAUGGAGACACAAUCCCCAGUUAAGAUUACAGUGAUAUUUCCAAUAAUGCAGUGUAAAUAAUUCUGGGUCAUUCAAAGUGGCAGCACAUAGGAAAAACAGGCCUUUCAUUUUUAUAAAUAAUAAUUUUCUCAAGCAUGCACUUGAAUUUAAAGUCUCUUCAAGUGCUUAUCUGCAUCUCAUAAAAUCCCAGCAAGCAUCAUAGGAGACGACGACAGAAAUUUCACUUACAUGCGGAGUUGGAAGGAUUCGCUUGUCUUACUAAAAGCAGCUUUCCAGGAUCUUUGUCACUGAGGAAUCCACCUCAGACCAGAUCUAGCUUUGCGCAGCGUGGUGAGAAGGGUUAACACAAAGGACACCACCAAUGUGCUGUACCUGGCACUAGAUACCAGAGCAGUUGGUAGCACAAGGCCGUAAAACAUCAACCGAUGAUUCAAAUUGCAUUUUUCUCCUGACGGUUCACCUCAUUCGUCCAGCUUUCCUCUGCUGGAAUAACACUGACCACGGUGCAAAUUCCCACGUGGGAUAGAUGGAGAGAGUGGGAGGGCAGGAAUCAACUCCAAGAGUCCCUGAAAUGCAAAGCAAGCACUUCCUCUGCCUUAUCUGCUCAUGACUUGUAUUUGUGAGGAGAAAAAAAGGUAGAUUUACUGCAGUACAAAAACUUACAGCUAAGGGCUGCCAACGCUGACACGUCAAAGGGAACGGAGGGCAGAGACACAGAGAAGAGACACAUAUGGGAAGUGCAGCGCCUGCCUGUUGCACCAGGGUAGACCAUGGAUUUUUUUUUUUUUUUUUUUUUCUCUUUCAAAGGUUUUAUUCCUGGGUUGGUGAAAGACAAACUAGUUGGAGAGUUGAUCCUUUUACACCAUAUUUUUUCUUUUGUCAUCUGCUUUUUAAACGGAUUCCUAGGUUGUCAGUUAGGAGGGUCUGCCAAGAUCAAAAAUCACAAGGCGGGGGGUAAAAACUGAGUGAAAGGAAUAGCAUUACUCCAUCCAUACGCAUACUGAAAGGUGGGACAGCACCAUGCUUUUAUUUUUCUUUUUAAUAGUUUACCUCAUUGAUUCAGCCAAGAAUUGUUUCCACAGCCAGCUACAGCCUUCGGCAUUUGUACAGAGACAGGUACUUGUAGAAUAUUAUACAAAAUAGGUAGAACUGGGUAGUUUUGUGCUUACCUUAAUAGCUCCAUGCGCUAGAUGGAGCAGUGCUGCCGGCUGGACCCUUAGGACCUCAGCAGAGGGGUUAAAGAUUAUUUAGCCUGGCAGGCUGAAUUUAGUUAUCUUUUUAACUAAGACCCUUAGGCAGACAGCUGAGGAGCACACUAGUUUGGACUUCAUUUGCCACAGUGACUGACCCAGCAUCUUUCAUGACAACGCAGUCGAUUCGCAGAUAUCCAGCUUCAAGAUGUAAUCAACAAGCUUAUAAUAAAUAAUCGUGAAUUAAAGUGUACAAGAGGCCAGCUAUAUUAUUAAUGGGAUGCCUGACACCUAGGAGGUGUACUUUUUUUUUAAUCCUGUUAAUCUAUCAGUGAGAUGAGAUAAUAUUUAAAAUAUAAUCAACCGAUAGUUCAUAUAACAACACUCAUGUAAGGUACACAGUAAACUAUGUCACAGCAAGUACGUGACAAGAAAUAUGUGCAAUCUGAGUCGGCUUUACCAGUGAAGAUGGUGAAUAUUGUCAGUGCACAAUACAGCAAGAGUGAGAGUGUGGAGUCCUGAAAAGAUUCAAAUGACCAUCAGCAACGGAUUAGCUAUGAAAAUGCACAUCUUCAGACAUGAAGGCCCUUUAACAGCACAAGGAAGGAGCACAAACAGGAUGCAGCUGACUUCACUGCUCUAAAGAGGAUUCGUUUCCAAGCCUGGGGAAUGCUGACCCAGCUUAAUAUGAGAAAAAGGAGCACCCUUUAAGCCUAGCACUAUAUGUUCUUCGCCAAAGAGGAGUUACAGUCCCAGUGACACCUCUGACGGCACAGCAGCCUAAUUUACCAUCCCUGUAUAGAUCAACUUGAAGCCCAGCCAUAAAAAUGCCGCGACAUCCAUCAUUUGCUGCAGUUCAUUUAAAAUUGCAUAUUCAUAGCGUGGUAAUUCAGUAUUUACUGUUUUUCCACCCAGGCGCAACACGAGCAACUAAAAAGUCAUUUUUCACUUGGUCAAUUAAGUAAAUAGGAGUUUUUGCAAUGUUCCUGGGAAGCAGUGUGAUGAAUCGUUUCUCAAAGCCUUCACCUGCCUCAUUGCACUCAGUGAAAGUGUUAAAUGUUACUUUAUUUAGGAGUAAGAUACAAUUUUUUUCAAAUCAGAUAAACGCUGCCCCUUGCCCCAAAACAAAGCCUUUAGGUGUUGCAGAAUCGUGUGUGGACUGUCCUAUGCCAUGAAUGUGGUCUAUGUCAGUCAGUCUCUGAACUCUCCCUUUAAGACCAGCGAGUGCUAAAACUGCAGAGAUUGCUCUCCCAGGCAAAUGGCUGGAGCUGGUGUGUUCUGGGGCAGAAAUGCUUUUGUACCCAGUGUCCCCCAAAGGUCACAGAAUCACAGAAUGAUCACAGGAUGGUAGGGGUUGGAAGGGACCUUUGGAGAUCACCUAGUCCAACCCCCCUGCCACAGCAGGGUCACCUAGAGCAGGUUGCACAGGAACACGUCCAGGCGGGUUUUGAAUAUCUCCAGAGACAGAGACUCCACCCCCUCUCUGGGCAGCCUGUUCCAGUGCUCUGCCACCCUCAAAGUAAGGAAGUUCCUCCUCAUGUUUAGGUGGAACUUCCUAUGUUCAAGUUUGUGCCCCUUACCUCUUGUCCUGUCCCCGGGCACCACUGAAAAGAGCCUGGCCCCAUCCUCCUGACACCCACCCUUUAAGUAUUUAUAAGUGUUGAUAAGAUCCCCUCUCCGUCGUCUUUUUUCCAGACUGAAAAGACCCAAAUCCCUCAGCCUUUCUUCAUGAGAGGUGUUCCAGUCCCCUCAUCAUCUUGCCCACGGCCAUUACAGCAAAAAUGGAAGGGAAGGGAAAGCGCAGAAACAGUCUAAGCCUUUCCAUAAGCAAAUUUAGGCCUGCGAUGCUCCAGACUGAAGUCUCUUUCAUCGUCUGCACACAGGCAGUGGCUGCUUUAGGGCCGUAGGGGCCGGCUUGCCCCUCAGAUAUUUAGCUGGAACAGCAUCUCACCGCAGAGGUUUGCACUGGGCGGGACAACCAGUCCGAGUCCGCAGGGAGGAUGAAGUGCUUCAGUCAGUGAAUAAAAGACUGACUGCAGUCAGGAGGCUGUUAAUGGCUAAUAUUUUGGGGGCGAAUUCUCAAUUAACCUCUACCUAGAAAUGAAGGGACAGGUCUCCAUUUACACUAGAAUUGGGAUAAAGGGGUGGCCGUGCACUUUAGCAACUUUCAGCUGAUUCCAGGAAGGCCAUACCCUAUCUGAAGGGGAUAUAUUGAGCAUUUUUGUAGUGCUAAACAUGAGAUCCAUAGUUUAAGUGAUUUGCUCGGCUGAACUGAAGCAGAAACAAAUCCAAAGCAACAUUCAUGAUGCUAUCCCUAACUCACACUAUAGCUGCCGAUAAAACAGCAUUUGUAUGCAUUGAGUUUAGCAAUACUUACAUUGAAAUUUUGCCUGGUUGAAAUUUUGUCUUACUGGUUAAUAAAUUGAUAAUCGUACACUGCUUUGACCACUUAAAUUAAUAGAUGCGUUUAGACAUUGUAACAGAUUAUCUCCCUGCACCUCCUAUGCUAUUCCCACCUUUUGAGAUUACAUUUUGUAUGCGUGACCUUACAGUGUUCUUGUAUGCAGAGGGACUGCCCAGCAAGUGCAUCUACAAGUGAAAAUCAAAAGUGUACACCAGUGAAGCACACUAGAAAUUUUGCCUUCUCACUUGUAUUUAGAUACAUUCAUAAACACAUAUUAUUCUGUUCCUUGCAUCCCCCCAAAAGCCAUGAGCCUCUUAGACUGAGGUGGUGUGAACAGAAAUACCAGUAUUCUGGAAAUGUAGUUCUACAAAUAGAAAGAGUGAACAUUAAAAGCCAGUUUCUACUCCAUGAUAGUGGCUCCUGGUCCUGCAGGAGGAACCCAUGUCAGUCUGUCAGAACCAGGAGCUACGAAGGGAAGCUUAAUCAAAGUUAAACAAAGCUUAAACAAAGUUAUACGUAUCCCAGGUUUGGUUUUCUGUAUUCUGUUUAGGCUGAAGAAGAGAAAGCUUAAAGGGAUCUUAUCAAUGUACAUAAAUGUCUUAUGGGAGGGAGUAAAGAAAAGGGACCCGGGCUCUUCCCAGUGGUACCCACUGACAGGACAAGAUAUAGUGGGUACAAACCGAAAUACAUGAAAUGCCACUUACAAGUAGGAAAACAUGUUUUUACUACUGAGCACUGGCACAGAUAGCCCGGAAAGAUUGCUGGAGACUCCAUCCUUGGAGAUUUUCAAAACCAGACAGGACACAGCCCUGAGUAACCUGCUCCAGUGGACCCUAUUUGGAUUGGCCAACUCCAGAGGUGUCAUCCAGCCUCAGCAAUUCUGUGACUAUAGCCCAGGAUCCAUACCAAGGGAGCUGCUCAGCGAUGCUUAGCAGGUCUGUGAGAGAUCAGGGAAGUCUGGGUUAAAGGGAGGAGUACAUGCAAAAGGAUAGUGACCGAUCAGCCGGAAGGACUUGUGCUGGACAAGCCUCUGAGCAACAGAAGCGAACAACAGACCUCAACAAGAAGGAGAAAGGAGGUGGGGACGUGGCUAGUCAAGAACCAAAUUUGCUUCACAAACCCCGCUGUCUACCUCACAACCUAAAGAAUUGGAAAGGCCCAUUUAAGCUGCUGAGCCACAACUCCUCCUCCCUCCUCCUCCAUCUCUGCUCUGGCUGCCCUUGAGGACAUUGGAGACAAUUUUCCUUUCCAAUCCCUGUUUGUGUAGAUAUACAAUACCCAAAAUAUACAUAAUGAAUACUUGAGAGUCUCUCUAUGCCUCACUCAGGCAUUUUUAUUUUUUUUUACAUUCAGAUUUUUAAGUCCCUCUCAAAAAACAGAGCACCAAACUUUCUUGCUGUGGCAAAGCGACCAAAAAUUCAAUUCACAAAUGGACAAACAGAAAAAAGGCUACAUUUGCAAGCAUUGACAGUUGCAAUGAGUAAUUCAUAACAAGUCUAAAUGGCAUCAUAAGUUUGAGAUCACAAGACUUCCCAAUAAGGACAGAUUACUCAGACUUAUUUCUAUGCUUGCAGCAAGUGGUUAUCAUCAAAUCAUCAAUGCAGAAAAAGGUCGAGAGCAUCGCAAAGCCAGACCUCCCCCAUAUAACACAGAUUUCAUUUUUAAACUUCGCACUUGGAAAAUUUCCCUUUGGUGUACACUAGAUGUCAGGGUUGGACUGAGAGGAUGAGCUCAUCCACUCCACCACACAGCUCCGCGCAUCAGGCUGGAUGCCAUCAGCACAACUAGUUUUGCUUACGAAUUAUUUUUGUGAAGCACACGAUAUUUACAGGGAGCAGUUUGCACAAAUAUCCUCUCCCCCCCACUUGGCAGUAUUUCAUUUAUGCCAAAAUACCCAGGCUUUCGAAGAGGGAAGAGACAUCCUGAGAUAUCUUUCCAAUACCAAUGAGUAUCUGCUGGCAUUCUUCACCUUCCCCAGCUCCAAGAAAAAGAGAAUCAUAGAAUCACAGAACGGUUCAGGUUAGAAAAGGACCUUAAAGAUCAUCUAGUUCUAACCCCCCUGCCAUGGGCAGGGACACCUCCCACUAGACCAGGCUGCUCAAAUAAAAAAUCAAAACUCUCUAAACCACUUGGGUGAACACUUUCUAGAAAGGGCUCUAAUAGACAGCAACUUGGCACAGGAUGGACUUGUCUGGAGAAAAGAGAGAGCAAAGACAAACCUGAUCAGAACCGUAUUAAAUUUGUAGGAGCCAUAUAAACUCCCCAUGACAUCUCAGGUAGGUCAUUUCAUUUCCUUGUGCCUUGACCACAUAGCAGUAAAUUCAAGACGGCAACUUAUCUCAGCUUCAUGGCACAGGAGAGAGUGUGGACCAAACACAAACAAGAACAAAGACAAAAAUCACUCCCUUUGUGAGAUGCUAGUGACACAAAAACAAUAACCCAAAUAAAUAGUCAGUAAUAAUGAAAGGCAAAAAAAAGAGGUUCCCCUUUCAACUUCUGCAAGGGACCCAGUGCUGUCCACUUGUCCAGAGAGCAGUCAGGUAGGCCUCUGUUAGGUAAAGCGUUAACUAAAGGUGUCCUAAAAGGAAGGAAAUGACACAGACAGAAAAUGUGUUUGGAAGGAUAGUAUAAUUUUGCAUUUCUAUACAGCCUAUUUGUGCACAAUCCUUCAGGGUAUUCUACGAGCAAAAUACAGUUCUCGGGGAAUUCCUAGAGAUAAAUCACUUUCCGUAAGCAGCAGGCUUUAAAGUGCAUUCCUCUUAAAGUGCAUUCCUGCAUUUGGUUUAGGCAGUGACCCAGCCCGGCUGCUGGAGUCACAAGUUCUGAUGGUGGUGAAGGUCAACGCCACAAACAUGAAGCAUGGGGUAAAAGAGAUGAAAAUAACUGAAACAAGGUGACCUCAGAGCACUCGGGCAGUGGGGAUGCCCAGCAAAACACUGUGGAAAGCUGCCAGACCUAAGGGCGAGUGAUCUCUCUCUAAGGGAGCGGGGGGCAGCCGUGACACUGGAAACACCCCCCCUCCUCCCCCGGUCUUGUCAUGCAACAACCAGCCAUGAUUUUAAUGUGACGGUCACACAGCAGCGCUACAUCCACCGGCCGGCGCAGUUUUGAUGUUGGACAUAGUUACAAACCUGUAGCGUGUAACAGAAUGCGGCUUCAC